AGAAUUUUGUACACAUUUAUUUCAUUUCGAGCAGUUUUCUGCUUAACUCUUCGUAAAACCACAGACAUUUCAUCCCAAUUUUAUUUUAUUACUUUGUCUUUGACCAUCAGUGGCGAUAGGAUGCCAGAAGACACACAAAAUUUUAUCGGUAUCGCAGUACACUGUGCAUGAGUAACUUCGUUCGAAAUAAUGUUAUCGCCCACCGAAUUCAUUGUCAAAUAAGCAGUUCCAAAUUUUGUAUCGGUGCAAGGAACUGUUAUUUUUAUGUGGUGAGUUCUGUUUUAGUUUUGGUAGUAAUAUGCAGCAUUAUGCUUUUCUGUGGUUUGUAAUCAAAGCAUUCCUUCUAUACGGGUAACGUUUGUUACUUCCCAAAGAAAAUGGAUGAUGUACUAGUGCCAGCAAUUAAGGAAGAGCCGAAUUCUGACAGUGAAAGCGACCCGUUAUCAUCGAAUAUAGAUCUACGCAAAGUAAAGGAAGAAGAUGGUGGCCAUGAACGUAGACAUGUUCCAAAUAAUGUAGAAGUUCCUGCAGAUAACGAAAUGAUUGAGGUGAAAGAGGAAAUAUCCAUUGAUGAACAUGAAAUAUGUCUACAGAACUUAGAUACAGUUAUGUAUCGCCAAGAACGAGCUUGUGAUUACACUAGAAUAAUACAUGAAACAUAUGAAGCUUAUAUGGACCAGCAUACACAUGUCAGAAAAUGCUUUGCACACAUUUGUGGUGAGUGUGGAAAAGGUUUCAUUACACCCAGCAAACUAAAGAGACAUUCACUGGUCCAUACAGGAGAGAAGCCACAUAUGUGUGAAGUUUGCACUGGGAGAUUCAAAAGUAUUGACCACCUGAAGAGGCAUUCAGUUAUACACAGUGAGGAAAAGGCAUACGAUUGUACUGAGUGUAAUAAGCGAUUUACUAGGUUGGAUCGUCUGAAGGCACAUUCCUUGAUUCAUUUUGGAAGUAAACCAUAUGCUUGUAAUGAAUGUGGUAAAAGUUUUAUUAACCGCAGUACAUUGAGAAGACAUGCGUUAAUACACACAGGGGAGAAGCCAUUUAUAUGUAAGGUGUGCACUAAAAGAUUCAGCCAUCCUACUGCGUUGGAAAGACACAAGUUUACACACACUGGAGAGAAACCUUAUAUUUGUAAAAUAUGUGGUGUAGGUUUCGUUCGACUUGAUUAUUUGAAGACUCACGCUGCUUCACAUAGUGGUGAAAAAUCAUAUGUGUGCAAAGUAUGUGCUAAAGGAUUUACAUCAUGUGGUGUGUUGAAGAAACACACACUAAUACACACAGGAGUGAAAUCAUUCAAGUGUUCUGAGUGUACUAAAGGGUUUUUUCAGAAAUUUAAUUUGAUCCGUCAUUUACAGUCACAUCAGGACAGAAACCCAAUAAAAUAGUAAAUUGAUUAUUGUUUUACAAGUGAAAUUUCAUGUUUUAGCUGCAAGCAGUAUACUAAAACUUCCUCCUUUAUACUUACACUGAUUUCCAUUUUAAUUUGGAAAGUUGCUUGGGAACUAUGUUGUUAUAGUGUUGUGUUCUUCCUUCAUGUUUCCUUUCAGCUACCUUUUGUGGCAAAUCACUACUUUAAUAUCUAGUAUCAGUUUAAUACUAGCCUUUAUAGAACUUGAAUUUAAGUUGAUCUUUUUCUUUUAUAAUUAAGAGUGUGAAAAGGGAACCCUUUUUCCCUUGGAACGUAUUUCUAGUCAGCUGAAUGUGAAUCCACUGUUUCUUUACGUCUAUUAAGCGUUUUCUUAACUCACAAGAACAGAACUCCCUUUAAACUUUUGUGACCAAAGUAUUCUUAGCAAUCAAAGAAUGUCAAAGAUUUAUAAUUAAACCAUUUGCAUGUAAAGAGUGAUUUUGUUUCUUGAGGUUAUGCUGAGGGUUGCAAAUAUCAGAGAAUGUUUAUAAAUUGCUCCAGGCAACUGUCCUUAAUUUGUUGUCCUAUAAAGCAUUGGAAUGAAGCGAAAGUAUGUAAGGAUGCUUCAAGAAUACCACAGCUUGUCCUGUGUGAGAGUGAGUAAAUAUAUGAGUGUUAUUGGAGGUGUCAGCAUCUGUGGCCAUAUGCACUUGUGUAGAAACCUGUAGUGUGGUUUCAUAUACACAAGUGGUUCUCAGCCUAUUUUGCUCAUGGCCCGCUUCUGAAUUUCAUUCACUUCUGUGGUCACCACCCCUCAUAUUGUUUAUUUACAAUAAAUAUGUACUUUAUCAACUGCACUUUUAUAUACAAAAUGUAUUAUUUGUUUAUAACAUAUGGAAUAUUAAUUAAUAAUUUUUAAAAUUUAUGACUGCCCUAUUUCUGAAUUUUUUAAAGAUGUGAAACAUUUUGGAAGUCAGUAUUCAUAAAAAUUACUUUGGAAGCCAUUCUACUUAAAAUAAUUACAAAACUGCUGUAAUCAAUUCACAAGAUUUUUCUUUUGAAAAGGGAUUAUAUUUGAACCCUAUAGAAAGCUAAUAAUUUGUUUGUAAUGAAAGUGCAAAUUCUUAUGAAAUGUAAUGCUUAAAUGUUGAAAAAUAGCAGAUGGAGUUUGUAACUUACCUCCAAAGUAGGGAAGUGUCAUAAUAAUAGAACUUUCGCAGAAAAAGUCUUCUUCCAGACACUCCAAAUACGGAAUUGAAGAACACCUGAAAUUUACUGAAAUGAUGGUGGUAAAACUCAUGAGAGUGGGAGAUAUUUAGGAAAAUAAAGGAUCAUUUUUCCAGUUAA